AAACAUGGUUCCGCCGGCUCAACACAGGGCGUCACGUGGGCUCAGAGGCGGGAAGGGUGGCUGGUUCUGGGUCUUCUCCGUUUAGUUUCUUUCGUCGGUGAAAGCGGCGAUGGAGAAGUUUGCCAGCCCGGGCAAAGGCAACGGCCUGCGCCUCCUGAGGCCGGUGAAGCCGGGCGAGUUGCUCUACCGCGCGGAGCCUUUGGCCUACGUCGUCACCAAGAAGCGCCUCGGAGGCGUGUGCGAGCGCUGCCUGAGCAGUAAGAAGCAGCUGCUUCGGUGUUCUCAGUGCAAAGUCGCAAGAUACUGUGAUGCUCAUUGUCAGAAAGAAGCCUGGCAGGAUCACAGAAGGGAGUGCAAGUGUAUCAAGAGUGUUGAGCCUAACUUUCCACCAGACUCAGUAAGGCUUGUCGGCAGGAUUGUGUUCAAAAUAUUAAGACAGACACCAUGCCCAUCUGAGAACCUCUACUCUUUUUCUGAUCUUAAAUCAAAUACUGAAGACCUUAAUGAAGAAAUGAAAGAAGGCCUUGGGCAUUUAGCAACAACACUCCUGCUGUACUUGAAGGUGGAGAUCCAUGAUGCUUCUCAGCUGCCACCUACCCUAGAUAUUUUUCAGACCUUCGCAAAAGUGACCUGCAACUCUUUCAGCAUUAGUAAUGGAGAAAUGCAGGGUGUUGGUGUUGGCCUUUAUCCCAGCAUGUCUUUGCUGAACAACAGUUGUGAUCCCAACUGUGUGAUUAUCUUUGAGGGCCCUCAGCUCCACCUUCGCUCCAUCCGGGAAAUUCAGAAAGGAGAAGAGCUUACCAUCAGCUAUGUUGAAACAAUGAUGCUCACUUCCGAACGCCAGCAACACCUGAGGCGCCAGUAUUGUUUUGAAUGUGACUGCCUCAUGUGCCAUACAAAAAGCAAGGAUGCUGACAUGUUGGCAGGUGAUGAACAAGCUUGGAAAGAAGCCAAAGAAGUUAUAAAUAAAAUGGGAGCUCCAAAAUCCAAAGAAGAGUGGGAGCAGGUUUUGUUGAUGUGCCAGACAUUUUUAAGGAACAACUCCUCUCAGCUCCCAGACACAAACAUAUACCAACUAAAAGUACUUGACCUUGCUAUGGAUGCUUGUAUAAACCUUGGCCUUUUGGAGGAAGCUUUGAGUUAUGGUAACAGAACCUUGGAGCCCUACAGGUUUUACUAUUCCGGCUUCCACCCUUUGAGAGCUGUCCAGUUGAUGAGAGUGGCCAAACUGCAGUACAGCCAAGAGAUGUUUUCCCAGGCCCUGGAAACGCUGAAGCAGGCUUAUGAUAUUAUGAAAGUGACCCAUGGAACAGAACACAGCCUAGUCCACGACUUGAUGAUGCUGAAGGAAGACUGUGAGGCUGGCCUGCUGUCAGAAUGAAGAAGGCUUGCAAACUCUGCUCUCCAGGUGAAGAGAGUGUCUCCCUGUAUAUUGCAGGGACAUUUUCUUAUAUGCUAAACAUAUCUGACGGAUGAGCUAAGAAAACGUUCCAGAUGUUCUCUUGUAUAAACACAAUGGCCGAAAUCCUUUUGCUUAGUGUAGUAAAAUCAUACUAGAGCAAGCCCACUGAAUCAAUGGGGAUUUAGUGGGCCAACCCCUGUGAAAAGUCAAGUGAUUCAAGUGGGCCUGUUCUAAAGGAAGUUGCCAUUAGGCCCAUAUGAAUCAAUGGAAUGUAUGGAAGUGCUGACUCACCAAAUCCCCAUUGAUUCAGUAGGACUGCUCUAGUGAGAUUACUACAUUAAGCAACAAGAUUUUGCCCCAUAUUGUUGCUUCUGUUUAUUAAUGAAAUAAUGUUCCUCAUUUGUUGAAAUUCCAGCAAAUAUAUCUUCCCUGUAGUGCAAAUAAGCUUUCAAAAAGUGUGAACAGUUGUUUCUGAGGGUACAAUUUACUAUUAAAAUAAU